UAAGAAAUAUAAGAUUAUAAAUAAGAGCUUCCACCACACAAUUUAGAGCAACCCAAAAGAAAAAUUUAAGAGUGAUGGAAUUGGAAUGGAGCUAUCUGUUUUUCUUUCCUAUCAUAUUAUUACCAGGUUUUAUCCUAUUCUUUUCUAAGAAAAAGAGUAGUAAAUGUUCCUACAAAUUACCUCCAGGACCACCAGGAUUACCAAUUUUUGGUAACAUGUUUGAACUAGGAACCGAACCGUAUAAAAAAAUGGCAUGUCUAAAAGAGAAAUAUGGUCCUGUUUUAUGGUUAAAACUUGGCACCUCAUGCAACAUUAUGGUUGUUCAAACAGCUGAGGCUGCUGCAGAGUUAUUCAAGAACCAUGAUAUUUCCUUUGGGGAUCGAUUUAUUCCUGAUGUAAAUUUAGCGCACAAUUACUAUCAAGGGUCUCUGUCUUUAGGCCGAUAUGGCUCGUUUUGGCGCUUUCAGAGGCGAAUAUGUACCGUGGAAAUGUUUGUACACAAAAAGAUUAGUGAAACAGUGCCAGUAAGGCGAAAAUAUGUGGAUAAUAUGUUAAAAUGGAUUGAGAAAGCAGCGAAUUCUGCUGAAAAAGGAAGUGAGAUUGACGUAACGUGUUUUGUAUUCCUAGCAUCGUUUGAUAUGCUAGGGAAUUUGAUUCUGUCGAAAGACUUGGCUGAUCCGGAAUCCGAGGAGGCCGCGGAGUUCUUCAAUGCCAUGAAGGGAAUCAUGCAAUGGUCGGGUAUUUUUAAUGUUUCCGACAUUUUUCCAUUUCUUAAGUUUGAUCUACAAAAUUUGAGGAAGAAGAUGGCGCGAGACAUGGGGAAGGCCAUGGAAAUCAUGUCUAUAUUUCUCAAGGAACGUCAGGAAGAACGAAAGAAGAGUGAGGAGAAGGGGAAAGAUUUCUUGGAUGUGUUGCUUGAAUUUGAGGGCACUGGAAAAGACGAACCAGCUAAAUUAUCAGAACACCAGAUCAAAGUAUUAGUAUUGGAAAUGUUUUUAGCCGGUUCAGAGACGACUAGCAGCAGCGUAGAAUGGGCACUAACUGAGCUUUUGCGCCAUCCAGAAGCAAUGGACAAAGUGAAAACAGAGAUAUCAAAAGUAAUAGGACCAAACAGGAAGUUUGAAGAAAGUGACAUUGACAAUCUCCCUUAUAUGCAAGCGGUAACCAAAGAAUCACUUCGUUUACAUCCUCCUAUCCCUUUCUUGAUCCCAAGGGAGACAAUUCAAGACACCAAGUUCAUGGGGUACGAUGUACCUAAAGGCACUCGAGUCCUGGUUAAUACUUGGGCUAUUGGAAGAAAUCCUGAAUGUUGGGGUGACCCUGUGAGUUUCAAUCCUGAUACAAAAGUGAGUGUGUAUCAAGAGAGUCAAGCCAACACAAGAAUAACAAGAUGAACAACAACAAUAC